AUGAACAACGAAACGUUUCAAUAUGAAAUUAUUGAAGCUGCUCAGGAGUUAGGAAUAGCAUUUGUGGAGGAUACAAAUGGUGAGAAGAACGUUGGCUUCACCCUGGGUCAAGCAACAAUUAAAGCUGGUGUGAGGGAUAGUACGGCUAUGGCUUUUCUAGUUCCCGCCAAAAAGCGACCAAAUCUGCACGUAGUCAAAAACGCCAUGGUCUUGAAUGUUAUAAUUGACGAUGAUGGUGAAGUGAGAGGAGUCAGAAUGAAUCUCAGAGGAAGACGAGAACUUAAAGCCUACGCAACGAAGGAGGUCAUUCUGAGCGCAGGAUCCAUUAAUACGCCACAGCUGCUAAUGUUGUCUGGAAUUGGUCCUGCUGAGCAUCUCCAAAAGAUGGGUAUUCCUGUGAUUCAGGAUUUGCAAGUUGGGAAGAAUCUUCAAGAUCAUCCUGGUGUGCUUAUUGCUAUGAAAAUAGAUGAAUCAACCGCAGAUUCAUAUACUCAAGACGACUUGAUGGAUGAUUUCUUCGCCUAUUUAAAGGAUCAUUCAGCUAAAGUAACUAAAGAAGGUGAUCUACUGUUGCCGGUAUUAAUGUUUUUAACGGAAGAAUCACGUGGGGAAAUUUUGCUACGAAGCUCCGAUCCUUACGACAAGCCACGAAUCUACCCAAACUAUUUGGCCACAGACUUUGAUGUUCAGUCAUUUGUGCGUGCAAUUAGGCUCCUUCUCAAAUUUUUGACUACUAAAGCAUUUAAGCGUCAUGACGCCAAGUUGAUAAUUCUUCCAAUACCCGAAUGUGAUGCUCUGGAAUUUAAUUCAGACGUUUACUGGGCUUGCUACACGAAAUACUUGACAACGACAAUUUAUCAUCCUGUUGGAACUGCCAAAAUGGGUCCUGAUUCAGAUCCUGAUGCUGUUGUAGACUCUAGACUACGGGUAAAGGGAGUUAGAGGCUUGGGAAUACAAAUGCUCCAACAAUUAUGA